GCCAAUGAAAUAGGGUCUUUUAAAUCUUCACCAGGUCAAAUUAUAGGUCGUCAUUGUCAAAAGAGGCAUAGUGAAGAAAAUGUGUAUUAAUUUAUAAAAUGCUGAAAGGAUUUAGGAGGUUGUCCCAGAAUUACAAGUUGAAUUUCUGUCGUAUGUCACAAAUGGCUGAAUCUGCUGUGCAGAAACCAGUGGAAAGUUCGAUUACAAAGAAAUUAACAGAUGGACUUAAACCACAGCAUUUAGAAGUUAUAAAUGAAAGUUUUAUGCACAAUGUGCCAAAAGGAUCUGAAAGUCAUUUUAAAGUUGUAGUUAUAUCAGAUAUGUUUGAAGGUCAGCCACUGAUUAAGCGACAUAGAAUGAUAAAUGAAAACUUAGCAGAUGAACUCCAAGGAUCCGUGCAUGCACUGUCAAUAAUUGCAAAAACACCAAAACAAUGGGAAGAUUCAGGUCAGAAGGUUGGUAAAUCUCCACCAUGCCAAGGAGGUUCUGGAUUGUGACAAAGACUGUGAUGUAUUGAGGAAAACAAUGAAAAAAUUCUAUUUCACUAUUUAAACUUUUGUAUGUGACAGAUACUCAAAUAUUUAUUUGAAAGAAUGUAAAAAAGAAGGAGAAUUAAAAAAGCCAUUUAUGACAAUAGU